GGACCUCGCAGACAAGUAAACAAAAAAAAAUAUGCAUGCUAACGUUAAUUAACACAGAAUCAACGAUUUAAGUCGAAUUAAGUUUAUUUCAGCGUGUUAUUUAGCACUACGCGAUGUCAGAGGACAAUGAACUGGAAAAGCGCGCAGUGGAGGAGCUCCUGAAGGAGACUGACAGGGCUCGAGUGAGAGCAGAGACCAUGGGCCCUGCAGGAUGGUUGAAGUGUCCCCUGCGGAGCACCAACAAGCGCUUUCUCCUCAACACCCUGCGCUCCACUGGCCUGCAGCAGCGCACCGGUGAGUCCAGGCAUGGACACUCCACGAAGAGAGGGCGUCUGAGGAGCGCGUCCCCGCACAGGAGCCGUGACCGCAGCAGAACACCUCCCAGAGAUCACAGGAGUAAAGGAGGCCGCACAGACCAUAAACGUCAUCAUAGGGACAGCUGCAAUAACAAAGAUAAGAAGCAGGACAGAGACAAAGAGAGGACAUACAGGCACAAAGACAACAGAGACCGGAGACAUGUGAGGGAUGACCAGAGCAAAGACAAAGACAGACUUCAUGAAUAAAAACUUCUGUCCAGGGGAGAAACUCUGAUUUUACAGAGGCCACUCCCUGACCGGGCAGCACAGAGGUGGACACAUGAAACUGAUCUAUGACUAACACACCUCAAAGAACUGCAGACCGAAAGACCUGUUCCCCUGUCCGAGAGGACGUUUUUCCCCCGUUGAUGGAGAAUGUUCCUCUAAAAUCAAACAUACUGACAGUUCACUUUUAUAUAAAACCAGUUUUGUAGUUUAUUUGAUUCCCUUAAAUCGCUCAUAAAGCCAACAGUCAAUUUUUUUUUUCCCACUUAAAUUAGAGCGAAUAAACUCUUAAGUGGCAGUUUUAGCCAAAGAAAAUUACAAGUUCACAGAAGUAUUUUUAAACAUUUCCUUGCCACUGGUGGUUUGGUGUGAUUCUGUUUCACCUACAGUAGAGGAGGUUUGAUUUCAAUUAUAUUCUCAUUACCAUUCUUCUGUCAUUAUUCACCAGCCGUAAUGUUUACAUAGGCCAUGCUGCUGUCGCCAUUGGGUAAGCACAUUUUAUCGCGUGUCCAACUCUUUUUUUGACAUGUAUACACCGGCUAUCAGAAACGGUUCGUUUAUCAAAGGAGAAAAAAAAAAUUGUUUUCCUGACACUCCUACAUGUGCUCUUGUGAAGAAGUAGGCUCAGAUUAAAAAUGAUUUAAUAAGGA